UAGUUAACGGCGAGACAGGUCCAACGGAGCGCCAUUACGCGUAGACACAACUUUCCCUUCCACUACGCUCGCCUGUCGUAACCGCUCGACCACUUCCCACCCAUCACGAAACACCAGUCCGUGUUCGCUUCACAAACAUAAUACACCAGUUUAUUUGGUCGUUGUAUUCCAACGGAAUCUCGCUGUGACGAAACCAGUGCUAUAUUACUAUGGAGUGUCUGAAAUACUUUAUGUUGAUGCUGGUGGUAGUUCUUUGCACGCUAUCAUCAGCGCGCGCCAUCAUCCCGCAGCCGAGGGCGCCCAAUUUCCAGUACUUUGAAAGGCCCAACUAUCGAUACCCAUACUACGACGAGAACGGGCGAGGCAAGCUGCUCUACGGCUACGGAGGGCCCGAGCUGUACCAGUACAAGUCCUACUCGCCGCUAGAGGGCAUACACUAGGGGAACCGAGCUGUGUCUCGACAAAUACAACAUUAGACAAGGUGAUUGGAAAGGUACUAUGUAAUUAUGUACCUAUUUGAUGUAUAAUGAAGAACACCGAUGUAUUCAUUAAUAGUUAUUCGUAUGUGGGUACUAAAGAAUGAAAAAUUCGGUAAUGAAUAAUAAUAGGUACUUGUUAUUAUAGAGACAAGAUCUAAUUCUCCUGCCAUUAGUGCGAGUUUAAUACAUUCAGGUACUGAGAGCCUACCAUGAAACGUUUUCUGAAAUUGCAGGGCCGAACGAAACAAAAGUUUGACGUCAAUAUUACAUAAUACGGACCAUUUAAAAAAAAAAAAAUGUUGAAAUAUCGUUCCAUUGGACUUUUAUGGUAGGAUUUAUGACGAACAAAAGCUUCAUUUACUGUACAGAUUUCGGUAUGAACAACAACACGAAAUGGAGUCGGAAAAUUCGAAAUUUCACUUCAUGGUAGGCCCACUAAACGUACUAAACGCAAUAGUAACAUUAAUCUUUGUACAAGUACAACUCACACUAGGAGUUUGGAGCGAGUGACACUAGUUACUCUGUAUAUAGAAACAUUACAAAUAAUAAUAAUAAUAGAAUGUUACUAGUACCCUGGUCUCACACGUAUUCCUUUUCAGUCUUCGGACGUUUAGUCCUUUUAAAUUUAUUAUUAUAAGUAUUGUCUUCUUCUUAUAAAAAAAUAAAAUCUUGGUUAAUUGAUAGAUUUGUGUUCCAAGCUUACUUGAUGGAAAUUUAUAAUCGUUGUUUAUAAACAUGAACAGCACCGUGGACUGUUCACCUCCCGUUUAUUAUAGUUCUAUCACGAUAUAUUAUUUUACAAUAUCACAGCGAACAGUAAAUAUGAAUGAGUCGAUAUUAUUUAAAUUAGGGAUAUAAGGUGUAAGAAAUUUUGUAAAUAUAUUUUUUAUGCAAAAUAAAUAACUACAAUUAAAAACAAUUGUUUU